AAGUAUUUCUGUCCUUACUGUAAAAAGCCUUUCAAUAGACCCUCUUCGUUACGCAUACACACAUAUUCCCAUACAGGUGAAAAGCCUUUUGUUUGUUUAGAGGAAGGAUGUGGACGUCAAUUUAGUGUACAAAGUAAUAUGCGUCGACAUUUGCGUGUUCAU